AUGCUCUCUACUUUGAUUUCGCGUGGUGCUGCUGCUGCCGCUGCUGUGCCUCUCUCCAGCGCGGCCAGUAGAGCGUUUUCUUCGACUGCUCGUGUGUGGGUCGACAAAAACACGAAAGUCAUUUGCCAGGGUCUUACGGGUAAGCAGGGAACCUUCCACACUGCUCAAGCAAUUGAGUACGGGACUAAGAUGGUUGGUGGCGUGAACCCUAAGAAGGCUGGCACUACUCAUCACGUGGGGGGCAAGGAUCUUCCGAUUUUCGCUAACGUCAUGGAGGCACGUGAGGCCACAGGAGCUGAUGCGUCCGUAAUUUAUGUCCCUCCAUCUGGAGCCGCAUCGGCUUGUUUGGAAGCUAUAGAGGCGGAGAUUCCACUCGUGGUUUGCAUCACUGAAGGCAUCCCUCAACACGAUAUGGUCAAGGUGAAGGCUGCUUUGAAAAUGGCAGGGGGUAGAACACGUCUGAUCGGCCCCAACUGCCCGGGCAUAAUCAAGCCCGAAGAAUGCAAGAUUGGUAUCAUGCCUGGUUACAUUCAUAAGAAGGGAAAAAUAGGAGUUGUCUCUAGGUCGGGCACUUUGACGUAUGAAGCUGUGAAUCAAACAACUGAAGUCGGCUUGGGUCAAAGCACUGUCGUUGGCAUCGGUGGUGACCCGUUCAAUGGUACCAAUUUCAUUGACUGUUUGGAGAGGUUCGUACAGGAUCCUCAGACUGAAGGCAUAAUUCUCAUCGGCGAGAUCGGAGGAGCAGCUGAGGAGGAAGCCGCUGAAUGGCUGAAGGAGCACAACAAGAACAACAAGCCCGUCGUGUCGUUUAUUGCAGGAGUGACUGCACCUCCUGGUCGAAGGAUGGGACACGCUGGUGCUAUCAUCUCGGGGGGUAAGGGUACAGCUGCGACGAAGAUUGCCGCAUUGGAGGGAUGUGGGGCGAGCGUGGUACGGUCCCCAGCUGACCUUGGUGUGAGAAUGUUGGAGAUGUACAAGCAACGUUAUCCUGAUAGGAGUGUGUGA